AUGUUACGAGUAUUUUUAGUAGAAAUACACAUCUAUCAAGUUCCCUGUGACCGCUGGAUAGAACGACAGAAACUCGCCAAGGGAAAAGUUGUUCACUAUGCUACAUCUUCCGGAUUUAUCAGAGUGUCUCCAGCUUUGACAUUGUCAGACUUGAGGAGGGUGUUUCCAUGUCAACUGGAUGGAGAAAUUCUCCCCAGGAAUUUCGUUUUUCUCCGUCGUGUCGGCAGGAAUUUUACUCAGGUUAAAAAACACCAAGAAAACGAGCUGAAAGUGAAAAACUACAUACCACCGUUUGCAUCCGAUCCUGAGAUUUAUAUAAAAGAAAGCCAGAAUACAAGACGUUCAUCAUGGCUACAGGAAGAGGACAGUGGUGUGGAUGAACUAAUAGACAUUCAAGGUCAAAGGUCGCAAGAUGGAAGUAUCUCGCCAUCUGACGCCAGCCCUUACAACCUUAGUAGUGGACUACCGUCGCCUUUAACAGAGAAUCUUAUAUCACCAGGAGGCGAAAGUGGAGUAAUGAACAACGAAACUAUUUCCAGGAGAAGGGCUGAAUCAGCGGAGAUCAGCAAGAAAGAGCGUGGGGCUGUAUUUCAAGGUUUCAGUAGAAGAUCAAAAAUAACCAACAGUUUAUACGAAUCUGGAAGUGGAAGUCAACACGUCAGUAGAUCAAUAAAGAGUUCAACAGAUUCAACUCCAAUCCCCAUGGAAGCAAAAACCGAAGGAAAACAACGACAAAUAGAUUAUUUUGAUGAGAAAGUUGAAGGUGGAAAGCUAUUCCAAAACACACAAGGAAUUAUAGGUCGAGCUACAACAACAUUUAUAAAGGAUGAACAUUGUGAUGAAGAGACUAGAUCGAAUGUAGAUACUACAAUUAUUUUGGAGAAUGAUACAGAGAGACACUGUAACGAAGAGGCUGGAUCCAACGAGGCCAAUGCAAAGUUUACAGGGAGUAGUAGAGAGAAACACUGUGAUGAAAAUGGUGUAUACAAUGGAGCUACCAAACUAAUUAUAGGGGCUGAUGCAAGGAAAUAUUGUCGUGGUGAAGUUGGAUCCCAAAAAGGUGAAGAAUGUUUGAUUUCAGAAGUUUUUUCAAAAUUACCUAAACGGAAAGUUGCAGAGUUGACAAGAAAAAAAUCUGGUAGAAAAUCUGUAAAGAAAAUCAAGUCUUGUUCCAGCUCGCGACUUCCUGUCUUUAUAGGUCAUUUGAAGCACCCUUUGUCUCGUGCAGGCCAAGAGAAGGGCAGGUAUAACAUCAAGCCAGCUAAAGUUUUCCCUAAACGCACUAUGUUGUAUUCAAGCAAAUGUCAAGGAAGGCCUACAUCGGACUAUAAUACAUACACUUCUGGCCAACAUAGGCCUAUCUCUGUCCACAGUAAUGGAACAUGUAGCUUUGUUGAGAACGUUAACAAGUUGACUAAAGCAUCAAAACUACCUAGGUUAGUCCAGAACAUGAAAGUAUUUUCCAGAUCAGAUAAUGCCACUGAAAAAAUAAAACAUGCUAAAAUUAAUCAAUCCAAGGUUCCACAGCUUACAAAACGAGAGAUAUUGACAACGACCAAUAGGCGAAUUAACCGUUUGGCUACAAAAGGUAGAAAGAGUGGAAUACAUAAUGGGAAAAGGAAACUAAUUAAUUGUUCGAAGUAUGAAACGAUUGUUGAUUCUAGGAAAAAUAAUGAAAGAUUCAUAGAUCAACCUGACGAUGUAAGCAGAGAAAAUAUCACCCGGAAAAAGGCAACUUUUACUGUGUCUCGUGAAUACAAAACACAAACAGAAACAUGGAAACGAUUUCAACAGAUCUGGAGACAACUUGUUGAAACUGGCAGCUUCCAAAAAAGGCCUUUUCUGUUGAAAAGAGAUUUUACCGACACUAACCAGCUAGUGUGGGACAAGACCAAAAAUUCCCUCAUCUUAAAAAACGUACCUGUAACUUCAAAAGUUUCAACCUUUAAGAUUUUUCCUGGGGUAAACCUAAAAAUGGACUAUGCCGUAAAUAAUAACGUUCAUUCAAAUUUAACUGAGCUUACUUACACUGAAGGAAACAGAAGACCUUCCAAACAUACUCCUCUUUCUGUAAAGGACACCCUGAUGACGAACGGUCACGACACACCUUUCUCGGUAACCAGUGAAAAUGUGAAAAUGAAUUUUGAGCACUCAAAUAGUGUGAUAACGAGAAACGCAGCUGUUUUGUCUUCCAUAAAUGUAAACGAAAAAGAAAAUGAAAGAAGUGAACAGAAUGGUUCUAUGUUUAAACUAGAAGGAAACGUAAAAAGGAAUUACGUCACACAACAUGAGGUGGACAGCGUCAGAGGUGUACGAAGCAAGCAGAAGUCAGGUUCUGGUAUUCAUAUUUCCAACCUAACAAAUCAAAUUACCACUUCAACAACUGGCUGUGCUGAAAAAAAUAGUUUAUGCAGGAAAGUUGUUGGUGAUAUAUCCAUGAACACGACAGGACAGACAACGAAAGAGCUAGAGUGUCCCAGUCAUAUCUUUUCUAUUAUAACAAGCGAAAACUCUGGUGGAGGGAAUGAACACCGUGAAAAGGUUAACUAUGCUACACGAAGUAAACGCAGCAAACAAAAAUUAUUUCAUAAAAGUGGGAACGGUCUAGAAAACAAGAAUUGUGCAGAAGUAAGGAAUAACACUAUUGAACAACUGGACAAUCAAACAAUAACUGGUGAUAUAACUAACGCGGAAGGGGAACAAAGGGAUGAAACAAAACUUAACACUAACUUCAAUAUUAGAAGGAACAUCAAAGGGAAUGAGUUCGUACAAAAUUACACUCACAAGAACAAAGAAUGGAGAGUAGAACAAAAGUGUGCCUCUAAAGACAAAUCUGGUGGUGUUACAAACAACAGGAACUCCAGAAACUUUUCUGUUAAAAUGUCAAUAAAAACAGAUGUAGUAACGGAAAACAAAGAACGUUUUAUGGACACCAGAUUUAAUACAAAUGAUGGGAACUACGAUAAAAGGAAAAAAUCACGAGGAAAUAUUCAUCUGGGUGUUAUGAGUGAAUAUAGCGAAUUGGAGAACUGUUAUCUUAACAUAAACAGUCCAAACGAAACACGAGCAGACGAAAGUGUAGCACGUAGCUGUAACCUAUCGACGACCAGUGGCUUUAUAAGGGGUAUUGAACACCUAACGAAUGGGACUGAGUUAAACACAGCAACUACUUUUACCAACAAUAAUAUACCCAUCAUUGAUGAAGAAGAGAGUAAAAAGGAAGAUCAAAACGCGUCUGAGAGUAACGUUACAGCGAAAAACAAAGGAAAUGAGUCACCACAACAUCUCACGGCUAAGAGUAAUGUUACAGCGAAAAAUAAAGGAAAUGAGUCACCACAACAUCUCACGGCUAAGAGUAAUGUUACAGCGAAAAACAAAGGAAAUGAAUCACCACAACAUCUCACGCCUAAGAGUAAUGUUACAGCGAAAAACAAAGGAAAUGAGUCACCACAACAUCUCACGGCUAAGAGUAAUGUUACAGCGAAAAACAAAGGAAAUGAGUCACCACAACAUCUCACGGCUAAGAGUAACGUUACAGCGAAAAACAAAGGAAAUGAGUCACCACAACAUCUCACGGCUAAGAGUAACGUUACAGCGAAAAACAAAGGAAAUGAGUCACCACAACAUCUCACGGCUAGAUCUAGAGAAAGUAGACCUAACUCAGUGUUAAGUGAUACACCAGGGUUUGGCACACAUUGUGACUCACUCGGAGACUCUGGCGUUGAGUUGUCUGCCAGAACACCAAACUCGGAUGGUAAAACAAUCAGUAACUGUGAUGAAACGAGUAAGCGAGUACUAGUUAAAGAGAUGAACUCUAGUGUAGUAACAAUUAUAUAUGACAGUUGUAAACCAGGAACUUUGAGAAACUAUCAUAUAACGUUCAGAGAUGUGUACAAAAGUCCAUACGAUGUUGAAAAUGAAACGCAGAAAAAAAACAUUAAAACUAAUAUACAAAAUAAUUAUGAGACUGACGGUCAUAUAACAGCAGAUAGGUCGUCAAAACAAGUUAAAGAUAUAAGAAAUUCUAAAAGACCUGUCAACUUUCAGCUCAGGCGAUCUCGAUCCGACAGUGACAGCUUAGCGAUUGGGCGACUAAGACAGGUUAAAAGUGAGGCCACCAAGUCAUGCCACAAGGACCUCAAUAGAAAAUAUGCCAUGUCAAGUUUUGAUCUAGCCGAAGACGAAGAUCUAUCAUCUCGGGUGGCGAAGCUUCGGUUAAUUCUAGACCACAUUAUCUUAGAGUGUCGAAUGUCGGAGUUAAAGAGGGAAAACAUGCUAAGACGAGUCAAACAACUCCAGCUAAAAGCUUCUGAGAAAAGCGACCAAGUAAAAAGUAUCUGGAAGAAACGUUACGUGGAAGAGAGGAAUAAGUCCACUCCUUUGGAGCACGAAUGCGCCAGAUACAGAAAUUUGUUGCAAAAACUUCAUCGGGAGCUACUAGCAAAAAUGGAGUUUGGAUUUGGUAACAAUAAUUUUGCAGGGAAAGCCGGACUGCCUUCUAGCAGGCUAAGCGCAAAAAUUUCAACUGCUCGGCUUCUUCAAGAAAUUGAAGAUUUAAAGCAACGAGUAGAAUCUACCAAGUUCCGACUUACAGCUGAGACUAAAGUAAGUAUGAAAAAUAAGAACGAGUUUGUGUCAGUAAACAUUGUAAUUAUUUUUUAAACAAAA